AUGUCUUCCGGAACUCCGCUCCCUACGCCAGCCUCUGUGCUGUACCGACGCGAUCUGUAUAUGCGGGAAAUACGUUUAGCUCUUAUCUAUAAUGGUAAAUGGCAAGAUCCAAUCUCGUGCGUUUUCAAGUAUACCAAGAUCGAGAGCCAUGCACCACUGUCUUAUUCAGCACUCUCAUACGUUUGGGGAUCAUCUCGGGCUGCGGAGACUAUUCAGAUUGAUGGACAUGACCAUAAUAUCAGCAUUAAUCUCGCUUGUGCUAUUCGUCAUCUGAGAGACGAGAGAAAUUCUGUUCUGAUUUGGAUUGAUGCACUGUGUAUUAACCAAAGCGAUGUUGUUGAAAGAAGUUUCCAAGUUGCAAUGAUGCGUGACAUUUACGCGUCUGCACAACACGUAAUUGUGUUCUUGGGACAUGGCUCUUACCAUAGGAUCCCUAAGAACUAUUCAACAGACCGCUUGCUCGCUCCCAUACAAUUCACAAACGACAACCGGGAUGACUCCCUGAUCACUCGGUUUCACAACUCUUGGGAGACGAUGUGCAGACGUGCAGAGUGGUAUUCGUUUUGCACUAUCUGCGUUAUCAGAGCCCUAUCAGACCUUGAUAGAUACAGCGCAACGAUUAAGUGUAUCGCUGAUGGAAAGGCUUCGUCUCGGUUAAAGCUAUUUGAACUUGUUCGACGAUUCAUCAACGGUCAAUGGUGGCAGCGUGUGUGGGUUAUUCAAGAGGCCACAGUCACAUCCCAAGUGUUUGUUCAAUAUGGCAAUGUCAAAGUGCCAUGGGAAGUACUUGCGCAGUCUGCAAAUACAUGUGAUAGCCUGGGCUGGGGUCGACAAGAUACAGGAUCUGAGCUAUUCCUAGGCAUCGAAAGAGAGCACGCCAAAGUCUUGCCAGUGUUUUCGAAGCAGAUAUUUGAGAUCGAACGACUACGUAUGGAGUGGGAUGACGGAAAAAUAACUACCCUCCUGUCCCUUUUACAAGAGUUCUCAAGUCGCAAAGCCACCGAUGACCGAGACAAAGUAUUUGCUCUGCUCGGCCUCGCAGGGGAUAUAACGAUCAAGCCAGAUUAUUCACUGAGCACAGUCCAAGUCUAUCGAAGCACCGUCAUUGAUCUCAUCAAGCACAGUGGCUCGCUGACAGCCCUUUCCGGCGAUAUGAAAAGGAAAAACAGUGGCCAUAUUCCAUCCUGGAUCCCCGAUUGGAGUGUUGCAAUGGAAGAGCCAGAUCGUCGGCGCAUGCAGCUUGAUGGAGCGUACAGGGCUUUCCCCCGUUGGCGUAUUGUAUUGAUCGACCGCGAGGUUGAAUACUGGGAGGCUGUGACAAGGGACUUACAUAGCCUCUACGAAGAGAUAGGAAGCGGGAAAAGGAGACCGAUUCCAAAAGAGAUUGUUGAUGGUCUACUGUCCUACGAGAGGAUGCUGACAACAAUCUAUGGGUCAGAGUUGAUGGAUAUCGAAAGUCUCGAUCCUCCAAAGAAACAGGCCAUCGAUCAGUGUGGAUCACUUUACUGGAAACUUGAGAACGUUGGCCCGCACUUCUGGUCCCGUACACGGAUCGCGGAACUUAUUGGCGCAUACUUAUCCCUACCACCGAUACCAUCUUCUGGAGAGUUGUACAGACUGGAAAUUCUCAGAUGCUGCUCCAUGAUUUACUGCAGAAAGGCCCUAGAUCUCUGGCUGAAGGAAGUGCAGUAUCUCGAAAGAGAGCGGUACAAAACAAACUUGUUACUCAUAUCGGACCAAGAGAAAGAGAACAUCGUGGCAAAGCAUUACGAGCAUCCCACUAUCGAGACUAUUACAUCUAGGGAUGCUGCUCAGAAGUGGAUCCAGGAUAUGCACAGAACAUUUUAUACAGUGACAGAACACAUCACAGACAAGACUUUUGCUGAGAUUUGCCGAUCGAGGUCAAUCAUGCAGGAGGCAGUAUGGUCACUGACAGUGGAAGCAACUGUCGCCCUGGAGAAAGAUCGAACUUUAGGCUAUUCUAUGACAUUCGAUUAUGAUCAGGGAACACCUACCAGUGGGGGGCUGCUAAAUCUACUUUCUCAUCUAAUGCAUGUGGCUUCAGAAGUUCUGAGCCUCUGGACUCGGCCUGUUGUAUUGACACAAGCAGUGCAGCAGGCCAAGGAUGCCUGCAAAGGCCUUAUCGAUUUACACCGCAACAAGGAUCUCAGCACCAUUGACCAUGAAUAUGCGACGUUGUUUUCAAAAGCUGUUGUUUUCACCGGCUCGGCGACAUGGAUGCGGCAUCUUAGAGACAACGGCCAACCGAAAGCAGCCCUCUACGACGAGCACUUUCUGGAAUUUAGGAGUCAAAAACAACAUGAAGCAUUCAGAGAAAGCAAAGAUAUAUUUCAUAUAAGCUCAGAGUUCAUUGCUACUGUUGGCCAGUGUACUGAGAGGCUUCUCACCUGGGUUGAUUCGGCCUCCCGCAUGUUUACGAUCAGUCAGUGGGCACUAUGUGCGCAGAACCUAAAAGAGCCAGAUUUUGCUGUGAGUUUUGUUAGAGCUCUCGUUGGUGACAUAUAUGAGGAGUCACUUGGGAAGUUUCGCCGACUUCGUCAACCUGAGAUUAGACUACUUCAGAACUGGUUCGUAAGUUGUUUACUACCUCAGCUCUGUGAUAUGAAUCCAGCGGUGCAUGGCAAGCUUUGGAUGAACCUUUUAUCCACGGAACUUGAGCUCGGUGCUGAGUUGGAUGAGAUGAAGUCAUUCGACACGGAGAUGAGGCUUAACACUGAAGGGAGGGUGUUUUUCAUUACAACGGAUCACAGAAUGGGAUUUGGACCAGGAUCAAUGGUAGACGGGGAUGAGAUAAGAUUUUUGGCAGGCGGCAACAACCCGUUUGUGUUACGGCCGAUGGACAGAAUCGGAAUCAAUUCAGAGCCUUCAUACGAGGUUAUUGGAGAUUGCUUCUGUCUGUUGGAGUCCAAGGAAGAGGAUAAAGAUGAGAGUGGUCUACUGAAAGGAUGUCUUCCCGUGGAGAUUCUGGGUGAGCUUCUUCCAACAGCUCCUAAGCCUAAUGACAUUCUCUUAUUAUAA